AUGAAACGAGAAGAAAUACUGUAUAUUUAUUCGUCCAAAAAGUACACCCACAACUCGCGCACCGCUGCCGCCGCAACUGAUACAGUAGUUGGCACCGCGUACUAUAAAAUAGAUACAGCGCGCAUCACUGGAAAUUCAGUUAUUUCAUCCUACAUGUAUCUUUUCAAUUUACAGGGUUUGCACAUGCAAUUCUAUCCGAUUGGACAUCGUUUACUAUCUUCGUCCAAAGCAAAUUAUGCUUUUUCUCAAUACGGAGGUCGGUAUACUGUGACCUUAAUUCCAGGUGAUGGAAUAGGUCCUGAGAUGGCAAGGCACGUUAAGACGGUGCUACAUAAAUGCGGCGCUCCAAUAGAUUUUGAAGUAAUAGAUAUCAAAGAUGAAUCAUCUACAGAUGCUGCUAUCAUUUCCUUGAAAAGAAACGGUAUCGGACUAAAAGGAACAAUUACUACUAAUAUUUCCAAUCCUCAAUCUCAAUCAAUUAACGCUCAAAUAAGGCGAAAGCUUGAUCUGUAUUCUAAUAUCGUACCGUGUAAAUCAAUACCUGGUGUCUGGACUAGGCAUGGCCAGGUUGAUUUAGUAGUUAUUCGCGAAAAUACGGAGGGCGAGUACGGCAGCCUCGAGCAUGAGAACGUCGAUGGAGUUGUUGAAAGUUUAAAAAUUAUAACAGAAAAGAAAAGUCGGCGGAUUGCAAAGUUUGCCUUCGAUUACGCACUUCAGAAUAACAGGCGUAAAGUAACUGCAAUUCAUAAGGCUAACAUAAUGAAACUAGCCGAUGGCUUAUUCUUGGAGACAUGCAGAGAAAUUUCAAAAGACUACACAGACAUAGAAUUCGAGUCUAUGAUAAUUGACAAUUGCUGUAUGCAGAUGGUAACUAAUCCUCAGCAAUUUGAUGUUAUGGUAAUGCCAAAUCUAUAUGGUAACAUCGUGAGCCACAUUGGCAUCGGCUUAGUAGGUGGCAUUGGUCUAGUGCCUGGGAAAAACAUCGGAGAUAAAUACGCUAUUUUUGAAUCAGGUGCAAGAAAUAUUGGAAGUGACCUAGUAGGAUUAAAUCGGGCGAACCCUUGUGGCUUUCUCUUUACAAGUGCCUUGAUGUUGCGACACUUAGGUUUGGAUGAUUAUGCCGAUAUCAUCGAAAGCGCCGUUAGGACGACAAUCAAGAAUGGGAAGUGCCGUACGCCUGAUAUCCAAGGGGAUAGAACAACUGCAGAUUUUAUUGAUGCAGUAAUAAAAGAAAUAGAUGUUCAAUAA